GUAGCCCGGAUCUAUCCGUGACGUCAUCAGCGUGCGCCGGCGCGUGUCGGCGUUUACGCGUGUGUGUGAGGACGAGCAGCACGUGAAGAUCGGCAGCGAUGGCAUCGACUCAAGAAGCAGAGAUAGUUUUCGCUCAGAAACUCGCGUCCAACGAGAAGCCCGUGAGGAGCAAAGCCCUGGUGAAGCUGAGGAAAUACAUCAGCGCGCGCUCGGAGAGAGCAGAAGGAUUCAGAGAGGAAGAGCUGCUGAAGAUCUGGAAGGGGCUGUUCUACUGCAUGUGGAUGCAGGACAAGCCGCUGCUGCAGGAGGAGCUGUCCACGAAGAUCUCGGGGCUCCUGCGCAGCUUCCGGACGCUGGACAGCCAGUUCCUGUAUUUCAAGACGUUUCUUCAGACCAUGAAGAGAGAGUGGAACGGCAUCGACCGACUGCGAAUGGACAAAUUCUACCAGCUCGUGCGCUUCGUUUUCCGAGAAGUGUUUGAGAUGCUGAAGAGACAGCAGUGGGAGUCCAGGCUGGUGACUGAGUUCCUCCAGCUCUUCUCAGCUCAGCUCCUGCACAGCUCCAGCGCGGCUCCGGCCGGACUCGUCCUUCACAUUCUCGACCUCUACAUGACUGAACUGGCCCUCGUCGGCUCGGCUGAGCUGACAGCCGAGCAGAACCAGACCUUUAUUGAGCCUUUCUUCAAGACUGUGGCCAAAACCAAAGAUCGCGUCCUGCUGAAGGCCAUCGGCAGCAACAUCUUUAACACCAUCGUUGAUCAAGUUCCUUACGCCAUCGAGGAUCUGCAGAGAGAGAUCCGUCAGAACGCAGAACUGGACUCUGGUGAAGAAUCUGAAAGCCAACAGGACACCGAAGAGAUGAAGACUACAUCCCUCUCAGAAAGCUCACAGAAAACUGCAGGUACACACGACUGUGAUGAAGAGGAGUGUCUGCUCUCAGACGGCAUGGACGAUGACGACACAUGUGGACCUGUUCUUCAGUUCGACUAUGGUGCAAUAGCUGACCGUCUUUUUGCGGCGGCCAGUCACUCGAACAUACAGAGCUUCAACAGAUCCAAGAUCUACAAGUUUGUGAAAAUUUUCCGAGACCUGAGCGAAGGUGUGUUCCCUCAGGAUGAAGUGGAGAAAGUGUCCAGUGAUGAAGAUGAUGACGAUGAUAACAGAAGAAAGAAGAGAAAGAGAAGGAGACAGAAGAACAAAGAGAAGAAAGACGAAGAGUCACUGAAGAAGUCAGAAGCAGGUCAAUCAGAGUCGACGGCUGCGUCAGAUGACACUGACACAUCAAAGGACACCAAACAAAACAAGAAGAGCAAGAAGAAGAAGAAGAAGAGUGGUUUAGAGAGUGUUGAGGGUCAGCAGACAGACCCCUCCGAGCAGGACGCCACAGGGUCAGCAGAAGAGAAGCUGGAGUCUGAUGCUGAAUCAUCUCAGUGUGACACUGAACACAAGCACAGAGCACAUGUGAGCUCAUGCCCUGAGCCUGCCCUUAAACUGAAGAAGAAGCAGCGGAGGAAGAGGACGGUUUUGAGGAAGACCUGUGAAAAAGCAGAGGAAGCAGAUCACUGCUCAGAGAUGGAGAUCAGCGUUGCAUCAGCAGAGAUCGUGACUUCUGUACCGCCGAAGAAAAAGCAAAAACUGAAGAAAAAAGCAAAAGGAGCAGAAUCCGAAGUCACUUCUGCUUGUUUAUCAGGCUCUGUCUCGGCCGUCGCUCCUGUAGAUGUGUCAGCAGCCACCGCUUCACAGACCCAGGCAGAUUCACAGAAGACACACGCCUCUCGAAAAACACCAGCGAAGAAGAAAAAACAGAAGGACGUCGUCUCAGACGUUCCAGAGACCAAUGGAGAAGCUCAGGAGGUGGAGCCGGUCCACACCGAAGACCAGGAGCAGCCUGCUGGACGAUUGAGAACCAGGAAGAGCAAGCAGAGACCAGCAGCUGUCCGGAUCAAACCAGGGAGGAAGAGGAGGGUGAUGGAGGAGGACGAGGUGAAGCCUUCACAGGUGAACGGACACGCAGACCAGACCGCUGUCAAGAGACCCAAGACCAUCAGCGAAGCUCAAGAGCCUUCAGUUCCAGUCACUAAAGACAAGAAGGCGAAAGAGUUUGUCCUCAGACAGAAGAAAGCUCCCGCACCCAUCUUCUGUAAAGCUGCAGGAUACAGCACACGCAUGGCCAGUAAAAAGGUUUUGCCAGCUUCAAAAUCUGAAAUGAAGAAAGUUACGUUUGGCCUCAAGAAUAAUAAAACAAUGGAAUUCAGAAAGAUGGACCAAAGCUCGCUGCUGAGUCCUGCCAGACAGUCUCGCGUGCCCUUUGACCCCAAGAGGACACCAAAGUCUGGGGUGUUGAAGUCGCCCACGUCAUCACCUGCGGUCAUGAAGAGAGCCAUGGCAGCAGAUUUCUUUUAAAAUAAAGCUUCACGUGUUGUUGUUUGUGAAAUGUGGUCUAUUGAAAUGGCUUCUGAAAACAAUGCAUAAAGAGAUGUUUUAUAUUCACUUUUGAAGUGUUCUUCUUUACUUUUUACAGACAUGUAAAAUGAGAGUUGCAAUAUUUUAAGGUGGCUUUUUUUUUUUAAAGAAUAUUUGCAUCAUUUGAAAUUUUAGAAAGCUCUGUGCAAGGGCUCUAACGAGUGAACAAGUGUCAGAAGGAAAGGAAGAUGUCUUCUGGUCCUGGGUGACUGCUGUCCUGCAGAGAUCUGCUCCAAUUUUAUAGCAAUCCUGAAGCCAUUGCUUGGAUUCUUCAGGUGUGUUUUGAGAACAGAACUAAACUGUUGAUGUCUGUUUAUCAACGCUCUCAUCCAAUGUAAGUGAAUAAAUCAGUUGUUUUUGUUUUUCUA